AUGUUUGUUACAUUUAAAGAUUUAUUAAAAUCUAAAAUUUAUAUAGGAAAUAAUUAUAAAAAUAUUUAUAUUAAUAAUUAUAAAUUUAUAUAUAAAAUAAAAUAUAAUUAUUGUAUUUUAAACUUUACAUUAAUUAUAUUAUAUUUAUAUAAAUUAUAUUUAUAUAUUUAUAAUAUAUCUAUAUUUAAUAAUAAAAUUUUAUUUAUUAUUAAUAAUAAUUUAAUUACACACUUAAUUAUUAAUAUAUGCAAUUUAACUAAUAAUUUUUAUAUAAUUAAAUGGGUUCCUGGUAUAUUAACAAAUUGGUAUAUGUUUAAAAAAAAAAUAAUAAUAUAUUUAUGGUUAGAAAAAUUAUUUAAAAAUAAUUAUAUUAUUAAUAUAUUAUCAAAAAAAUGUUUAUAUAAUUUAAAAAAUAUUUAUAAUAAAUUAUAUAAAAAUAUAAAUGGUAUAAAAAAUAUGAGUAUAUUACCUAAACAUAUUUGUUUAUUAAAUUAUAAUAAUUUAAUAUUAAAAGAAAUUUUAAAAUUAAAAUUAAUAUUAAUAAGUUUUAUUAAUUUAAGUAUAGAUUCAAGUUAUAUAAAUAUAAAAAUUUUAGGGAAUUAUAAUAAUUAUAAAUCUUUAAAAUUAAUAUAUAAGAUAAUAUAUACAUCUAUUAUUCAUAGUAAAAUUAAAAAUAUGUAA